AUGUCAGGCGUUGACGGUGAUCCUUCCAGCUCCACGAGGAUUCCGGGGUUAUCUCUUGCGGCCGUCGGAGUCACAUCAUUUGGUGGGGAGGGUUUUCAGUUGGGUCAGCUCUCCCCAGGUGCUGACACUGUGGCCCAUGCAGAGGGCGUUGCAGCGCGGCUGGCUUCGGAGGAGCAGCGAUGGCAGAAGGCAAUGGACGAUCUGCGUGCUUCUGGGCAACAAUCUCCUGAAGAACGGCGAGACCCGACUUGGUUGCCGGGUAAUGAGAAUGCUGGCGCUGCGAGUGACGGUGAAAGCGGUGGCGAGGAGGAUGAGGGGGGCCGUUUUUGUGACUUCGUGACCUUGCUUAACCCCGACGCGGCACAGCAUCUCGGUACCCGUUUCCGCCUUGCGCGGGACCUGCUGUCUGCAGCCGAGACGGCUAAGGCUGAGCUGCGACAGCUACUGACAGGCGACGGUCUAGCGGGGCGGGUGACACUCACCACGGACAUAUGGACCAGUGAGAACAACGUCGCCUUCAUGGUAGUGACUGCUCACCGAGUCACCUCGGACUUCCAGCUGCAGCAGAUGGUGAUCGACUUCCGGCCGCUGGAGGGCCGUCAUACGGGGGAUAAGAUUGCGUCCGAGCUGGAGGAGGUCAUAGGGGAGUGGGCGUUGGGUGGUGGUGAGUUCUUCGGCUUGACGACGGACAACGCCGAGAACAACAACAGGGCGAUUCGUCUGCUGGCCGGCGUCCCUGACGACACACCGGGGUCACGUCCGCGUGUCCCCCCCUUGAUGUCCCUGGCUCGGCACUUCAAGUGCGUGGCCCACGUCCUAAACCUCGCAGUGCAGUAUGCUACUAAGGUCGAGCCGGUGGCCGAGGCGCUCCGGAGGCUGCGUGCUGUGGCUAGCUACAUCGGGUGGUCGGUGCAGCGGUCGGAGCGUUUUUUUGACAUUCAGAAGCGGUAUGCUGCGACCCUUGCGGAGACGCAGGCAGGGGAUGGGGCGGAAGAGGGGGGGGAGAGGCAGGCAGAGGGGGGCACUGUAGAGAGGGGGGGGACGCAGGCAGAGGGGGGCAGCAGUGCGCGCAAGAGACCUACUGACUUGCGCCUGAUCGUUGACUCGGACACGCGCUGGGGUUCCACGCUGGAGAUGGUGGUGAGGGGGUGUGAGCUGUCCAUUCCUCUGACCAUGUACUUCGAUGAGUCAUCUGUGCCAAACAUCACGAAGACCACCCGCACGGCAUGGGCUGAGAUCAUGCUGUCCGACGCCCACUGGACAGCUCUCAACGAACUGCGGGCUUUCCUGGAGCCGUUUGAUCGCAUCACCCUGUUCGUGGAGGGGUCGUUGUACCCCACCAUGGGAUCGGUCGUGCCGCAGUACAACAUGCUCCUGGACAUCCUUGAGGCGAACAGAGAUUCGCCUGACGUCUCGCAGCUGUGCAUGGACCUCUCAAAACGGGCUUUGAGCAAGCUUGAGCGCCACAUGGGUAGGGUGAGCGAGGAGUGUGCGAUUACCACCUUCCUCGAUCCUCGGCUCAAAACGGCAACCUUCGGGCUCAGGGCCCGGGGGGCGAGGCCUAGUGCGCCCAUUGUGGUAGAGGCGGGGGGGCAUGCCAGGGGUGCCAGGACACUCGACCUGACCGAGGAGAGGGUGAAGGCACUCGUACGCAAGCGCCUUCCACCCUACCAGAUAGCUGCCCGUGCAGCGGCAGAGGCACGCCUUGGGGGUGAGGUUACGAGCGCUAGAGGAGUGACGGGGGAGGGCGCUGCGAGGAGCGGGGCUGCAGGGCGCAGGGGGGCCAGGUCGCGUGGCGUGCUGGACGGUCAGGCUAGCCUGUUUGCUGAGUUGGCAGAGAUGGAGGCAGAGGAGGGGGUGCGGGCACAGGACGAGGUGGACCAGUAUUUAGCAGAGGCGAGGCAGGAGGGUGGGUGCGCCUUAGCGUACUGGCGCGGGAGGGAGCUGCAGCUGCCCGGGCUUAGGGCCAUGGCUCGCGAUUAUUUGGGUAUCCCCGCCACGUCUGCAGCGAGUGAGAGAGCCUUCAGUCAGAGCAGGAACAUCAUCUGGUGGCAGCGACACCGUCUGAGCCCACAGCAGAUGCGUGCGGCCAUGAUGAUCAAGACUUGGCAGGAGCACCACCCUAGACAGAGGCUUGAUGUUCGUGUUGGCAGGGCCACGAUUAAGCAGCUGUGCCUUGAGGCAGAGCAGCUGGGGUUGUGA